CGUAGUACAGAUGGUGUGAUAACAAGUGAUGCAGCUUGUAGUAUUAAUGGAAGGAUUAGAUGAAAGAAACUGGUAUUAUGGAUGAUUAAUCGUCAUUGGAUGAGUCAUUAGAAUAAUUUCAGAAGGGAGAGAUGAACUUGGGUGGUUAUGUGAGAAAAGACAAAUCUACAUGAAUGACAGUAAGAGGAAGAGAUGCUGUAAGUGGAUGUACAGUAGUCAUCUUGAUUGAUGGAAAAGUGGAAGUUGUGGUAAUUGUUUAAGUUAAAAUCCUGAACAAAAUGGCUGCUGCUAAACAGUGUAAUUUUGAAGCUAGUACAGGUAUCUCAACAGCAGCUGAAACAUUAAAAGUGAAUGAGGAAAACAGAAAAAGAGUCAUACCUGAAAGUACAAGUAUGACUAGUGUUCAAGAUUCAGGAAUAUGUUCUAACCAGGACCCAUCUGCUAAUGAGAGAGAAACAUCAUUACCUUCCCAGGUGCAAUCUAGUCGAGAAAAUGAACCCUCUGCUUAUGUAACAUCAACACCAAUUAAGAAGAAAGUAAAUGAGAAAAUCAGUGAAUUUGAAAUUUUACCCAGUCAGAUGAUUCUUGAUGACCCGCUUUUAUCCUCUAUUGAUGAGCCCGGAGAUUUGACAGAACACCAGGUUGACAGUAUAGUAUCGGACGAUGACUUUGAAGAUAACUAUUCAAAAUUAUACGAAACAAAGAUAAAAACAGAUUUUGAUACUACCAAAAAAUAUUCCCUUAUGACCAGAUUUAUGAAUGAUGUGUCAACUAGACCAAGAAUACAAAGAAGUCAUUCCUUCUCCGGCAGUGUUAAACAAAUUUCCUCAGAGUCAGAACCAUCGUCUGUAAUGAAGAAUCUCUUUGAUAUUCCUGUGAGCCCAAAACUGAAGAGUCGAGUGCGUCAGCGCCUGUACACUUUAGUUAAUUCUAUUGAUGGUUAUCAAGGAAAAAUCAAUAUUGAGGAAGAAGAAGAAAAUAUCAGAAAAUUAUGUUUGAAAACAGUCGAGUCCGUGUCAAAUUCUAAAGUGAACAUAUCUGCAAGUACUCAAACAAAUGCAAAUUUAAUUGUUGAUUCAAAGGGGAAACCACAUAGAAGUGCUUGUAUGAAAGGAGAUUUUGAAGAUACCAUUUUAUUAAAGAACAAUGUAAAUAACACCAAUGUGUGUAAAUGCCACCCACAAGGUUGUAGUGUAUUAAACACCAGUGAUAAAAAACAUGCCUCAAGUCUAGAUCAAACUGUCUUAUCUACUCUUAGUCAUAAUGUAAGUGAAAAGUAUGGUAGUGUUAUGUCCAGUUUACUAGAAUCUCAGAUGAGAACACUUCAGCUCCACCAGGAACAGCUCAACCAGGAAAAAUUAAGUCUUGCCAUGCAGAAAAAAGAUCAUGAAGCUCAAGCCAGAAUAUCUGUGUAUCAAGAAAAGUUGCAGCUAAUGAUCCAGAUGGUGGAAGAACUAGAAUUUAAGUUGUCAGAAAUGCAAAAGAAGAUGAGAGACCAAGCUGAAUAUUAUCAACACAAGAUAAAAAAACAAGAUGAAGUGCAUAAGGAAAGUUUGGCAGUGAUGAGAAUGGAAUGUGAGAAAAAGAUGCAUGAACUAGAAUCUAGAAUAUUAUCAGUUCGCAAGGAAAUGACACAAUCCUGUGACCAAAAUAUUUUGGCAGUGUUAUCAUCUACACAAGAAAAGGCAACGGUAAUUGAAAAAGAACAUGAAGCACACAUCCUUCAGUUAAAUUCUGUCAUCAGCAAACUAAGGGCAGACAAAAGAGAACUUGAAUUUUCCUUAGAAAACUCGUAUUCAAACCCUGACAACAAGGAACUAGAUGCAAACAUUGCUGAGAUUUGUAAUGAAAAAGACUCCCUGAAACAAGAAAUUGAUACAUUGAAACAAAGGUUAAAAGCACCGUGUGAUACAGAUGAAACAGUUGUUGCACUCCAAGAGGAUAUAUCAAAUUUAGAGAUAGCCAAAAGACUGCUUCAGGAAGAAGUUGACGUGUGGAAGAAAGAAUCAGAAACACUGCAACAGAAAUUAAGUGCUACUGAACUAGGGCACAAAAAGUUAUUAGAUGAAGCUCUUCAGGGAUCACACUUAUUGGCGAAACAGGAAGUGGAAAGACUGCAGAUACAAAAUACUCGUGAAAAUGAGAGACUUAAUAAGACAAUUACCCUAUUAAAAGAGAAGCAAUCUCAAGCUUUAUCUGAAAAUUUAGUCCUUCGGCAACAGAAUAGUCAACUUCUUAAAGUAGAGAAAGACCAUAAGGAGUAUUCAUCCUCAAGAGAAACAUUAGAGAAGGAGGUGGCUUCUCUUAGAUCAGAGCUGCAACAAGCAGAAUCUCAAGUACUUCAACAACAGAUGAAUUUUAAACGCUUACAAAAAGCGCAUGCCAAUGAGUUAACAAAGUACCAGGAAGCUCAUAGACAAAGAAUGCUUAACUAUCAAGUUUCCAUGGAAAGAGAAAGAUCAUCAGCAGUAUCUCAAGCCCUGGCCCGCCAACAGGAAGAAACAAAAAUCCUCAUAACAGAAGUUGGAUCUCGUUAUGAAAAUUUACUUGGAAGUGUUCAAGCACAUGCUAAAGCUCAGAUGCAUGAGUAUAAAAAGAUUAUGGCUGGAUUACUGCUGUAUUGAAUAUAACUGAACCCUCUCUUAAGGAAGUUAAUGAAAUAUCCCGAGGUUUUUGCCGUGAUAUUAUUAAUUUUCUAGAAUAAGGGAGAUGAUCACUUCACACCAUGACACAUGGAGGAGCAAAAUACAAAAAGGUGUCAGCUCCAGCACCGGAAAGACAUGGUAAUACAACUACAUGAGAUAUCAGUGUUGUGGUAAUACAACUAGUGGGAUAUCAGAGUGCUGUGGUAAUACAACUAGUGGGAUAUCAGAGUGCUGUGGUAAUACAACUAGUGGGAUAUCAGUGUUGUGGUAAUACAACUAGUGGGAUAUCAGUGUUGUGGUAAUACAACUAGUACAGUAUACCCUUGCACUUCCGAACCUCUCGGAACCAGAUUUCGGUUGACCCAAACGACAUUUGGAUGUGGCAGAUUUGUAUCAGGUCUCUCUCUCUCUCUCUCUCUCUCUCUCUCACAGUCUGUAUGCCACGUUUACUGCACCGGUGCUAAAAUGGACCCUGUUCGCAUCUCCCGCUACUACUCACAGCAUGCGUCCUCCCUCAGUCCCGCUUGUAGUCACAGUGUGCAUACAGUAUCUCGCUAACCUCUCACUCGCGCCCUUAAGUUGUUCCUUGUGUAUUUUGUGCCUUGUCAAACAUUACAUUGCCCUUGCUGUCUGACAAACUCUGACUAAACGGUCAUGAGUCCUACUAUACCAGGGGUUCUCAACCGGGGGGAAUUCCGGUUUUCAGGGGGGGGGGGAAA